AUGCGUUUUCAGCAAACAGACUCUGCUGGCCCUGGUGCCGAGCAGAACACACCCAAGGAGUUCACCAAGAAGUCCUCGAGCCUACCCUUUGGCCAGGACCUCUCGUACCAGUCAAUCAGCGGCCCUACCUACCUCACGGCGCAAACCCUCGUCCAGCAGGUCGCAUAUGCCCUCUCGGAUAAGAUCUUCGCAUACUCCGCCGAGUCGUUUGAUCUGGAUAUAGCAGUCAAGUACUGGCAAGAACAGGGCGAGAAGAAUGCAUUUGGAUAUCAGACUGGAGUUUCCUCUCUGGAGACAAGAACAGGUGCAGGCGCAAUUGCCUUGGGUUACAUGUUCUCAAAGGACUUUGAUCUAAAGAAGCGCCAUAUUCCACAGUCAAUCAUUGCCUCUUCCUCGACGUUGACACACCUCCGCUCGUCUCUUGACCAGCUGGCUGCUCUAUACUCAGUCGCCAACCCUCUCACAGCCCACAUUGCUGCUGUCGAUUACUCUGCGAACGCAAGCGCUGGCCUCGUCACCGACUAUGUUUCCUCCCUCACACUUGCCGAAGAUCUGGGCCUUGGUCUCGUCUGUAGUCCAUCUGUCUUCGAGUCUCAGCACAUGGCUCUCUUCGCAACUCUGCUCUCGAGCGUCAUUCCUACCAUUCACACAUACGAUGGCAUCAGUGUUGGACGAGAGACGGCCAGGCUAGUUGACACGCUCGACCAGGCUAGGCUAUACAACAGUUAUGAGGCCGUGCUGAAGGCAGUGUCUGAAGUGGACAAGAAACACUCUGAUACUGCUGGACGCGUGCUGCGCCUCCUCCAGGCUUUCAAUGACGAGCUCGGAGAGGAUUACAAGCUCUUCGACUACUAUGGCCAUGAGGAGCCUGAGAGCGUUCUCGUUGUCUUCGGCACUGUAGAGGCUUCUCUGACUGCCCAGGUUGCGACUGCAUUAUCCAAGGAGGGUGAGAAGGUCGGUGUCAUCAACGUUCGUGUGUACCGUCCCUUUGUGGAGGAGGCCUUUUUGGAAGCGCUUCCUAAGAGCACUCGCCGCAUUGCUGUCCUUGGUCAGGUCAAGGAUGAAACUGCCGUGCUUGACCCUGCUGAGUACUCGAGGCUAUACGCCGAUGUAUUGGCGGCUGUUCAGUUCACCCUCGACAGGAAUGUAGAGGUGACGGACGUCAAGUACUCUCGCGAGCAAGUCUGGACACCCAGCAAUUUCCUCGAUGCUUUCCGUCAAAUCCAUGCCGAGAAGGAGGGCACAGAAGCACGUUCCUUUAUCGACAUCUUGAACAAUGCCGAUGUGAAGCAGUACAGCUUCUGGAACCUGGACGAAUCCCCUGCUGCCAACGCGCCCGCUGUUAUUGGCAAGCUCUUCUCCACUGACUCUUCAAAGAACGUCUUUGUGCGCAACGGACACGACAAUCUGGUCCAAGGCGGUGUUACACGAACCGACAUUCGCAAUGCUGACUACACCAUUGAGGCUCCAUACGCUGUUGAGCAAGCUGAUGUUGCCUUUAUUGGCGACGAGGCCAUCCUCAAGGCAUUUGAUGUUUUGAACAGCGUCAAGCCUGAUGGCUCCAUCAUCGUCAAGCUCCCAGGCGUGAAGAAUGAGGACAUUGAGAAGAAGCUUUCUCCUGCUUUCCGCAAGACUCUCGUCAACAAGGAUAUCGAGCUCUUCGUUUUGGACCCUACUCUCUCUGAAGCUGUUGCUGAGGAUGAAUCUCUAGAGUCUUUCCUCACUCAGCUCGCGUUCCUCAAGGUUGUUCGGGAAGAUCUUCUAACAUCCGGCCUCUCUAAGCUCGCUGCUAUCAACGGUAGCUCGGAAAUUUUCGAGAAGCUCGCUGCGCAACUUGAGAGUGCCCUUCGCGAGGUGGAGGUUCCUACUAGCUGGGGCACUGCUGAGGACGCUGAACCCAUCAGCCUUCCCUCAGAUAUCAACGUUACUAGCUUUGCUCCUUUCGAGCGCACUGAGCCUGAGCCUCCCACUCUGCUCAAAGACUGGCAAGUCGCUGCCAAAGGCUUCGCUUUCAAGGAGGCCUACGGUACUUCUAACCAAGUCCGUCCUGACCUUGGUAUCAAGACAAGCAUUGUCCAUGUCAAGGAGCGUCGUCGCCUUACACCCCAGAACUACGAUCGUAACAUUUUCCAUAUUGAGUUCGACCUCGGAGACUCUGGCGUCACUUAUGCCAUCGGUGAGGCUCUCGGUAUCCAUGCGGAGAACGACGAGGUGCAAGUCGACGAGUUCAUCAAGUGGUACGGCCUCAACCCCAACGAGAUUGUCGAAGUGCCAUCUCGUGAGGACCCCAACGUAUUGGUCAACCGCACUGUCUACCAGUCUCUCCUGCAGAACGUCGAUAUCUUCGGUCGCCCACCGAAGCGCUUCUAUGAGGCACUUGCUGAGUUUGCUAGCGACGAGGCUGAGAAACGGGAACUCCUUCAGAUCAUCAGUCCAGAGGGUGCUACCGAGUUCAAGCGCCGCGCUGAGGUUGACACCGUCACCUAUGCUGAUAUUCUGCUUGAGUUCCCCUCCGCCCACCCCAGCUUCCACGAGAUUGUCCGCAUUGUCAGUCCCAUGAAGCGCCGUGAAUACUCCAUUGCUUCCGCGCAGCACGUGACACCCAACUCCGUCUCCCUGCUCAUUGUGACUGUAAACUGGACCGAUCCCAAGGGCCGCGACCGCUUCGGUCAAGCUACGCGCUACCUCAACAGCCUCAAGGUCGGCUCUCCCGUCACUGUCUCUGUAAAGCCUUCCGUCAUGAAGCUGCCCACCAAGACAACCGCCCCCAUCAUCAUGGCUGGUUUAGGUACCGGUCUCGCCCCCUUCCGCGCCUUCGUCCAAGAGCGUGCCUACCAAAAACAACAAGGCCACGAAAUCGGCGAAGUCCUCCUCUACAUGGGCUCGCGCCAUCAACGCGAAGAGUACCUCUACGGCGAAGAAUGGGAGGCCUACCAAGACGCCGGCAUCAUCACUCUUAUCGGCCGCGCCUUUUCGCGUGAUCAGCCCCAGAAAAUUUACAUUCAAGAUCGUAUGCGCGAGUCUCUGAAGGACAUUCGACGCAGUUAUCUGGAAAAGGAAGGUAGCUUUUACCUCUGUGGUCCUACCUGGCCGGUACCUGAUGUCACGGAGGUGCUGCAGGAGGCGCUCGGGGUGGAGCAUAAGGUUAAGAACCCCGCAGCGAAGAAGAUUGAUAGUCGGAAGGAGAUUGAGAAGUUGAAGGAUGAGGGGAGGUAUGUGCUUGAGGUUUAUUAG